AUGGUCAACUGGGACGAGAAAGCCCUGGCUGAUCUAGCCAAGGCCUUCUUCGCGGUGACGGGCAGCAGUCUGUCUCAGGAGCAGAAAGAUUCCAUCGUUCAUAAGAUAGAGUCUUACGGUCAUGAGAUCAACUGGGAUCGUAUCAGAUGGGAUGACAUUAAAGGCGACCUCUUCGAGGCUGUCUAUACGGUUCUCAAACCAUCCCUGAACAAGGAUGAGCAAGACGCCAUCGUGAAUUUUAUGAAGGCACGGGGCCAUGAUAUGACCUGGAUCGCUAUCAGAACUGAGUGGUCGGAGAAGGCUCAUCUCGACCUUCUCCUUGCGGUUUUGGCCGAGAUCACUCCCACCCAGCCCGAGUGGGAUCGAAUCGUGACCAAACAUCUGAAACCCAAGGGCUACAACUACACACAGAGUGCUGCACUGCAGCACCUGCAGAAGAUUCGCCGCAAGGAGGGAAAGGACGGCGCUGAUGCGUCUGCUCCCGCUACUCCGGCUACUCCAGCCACGCCUUCGACUCCCGCCAGCGCCGGCAAGAACCCCAAGCGCGCCAACGGCAAUGCUUCUCGCUCCACCGGUAAGCGCAAGGCGCAGGCGACUGCCACGCCUACCAACUUCCAGGACGACGAUGAGGUGAUCAACACCCCGUCUAAGAAGGCGAAGAUCAAGGAUGAUGGCAUGGAUGACAACAUCAAGGCCGAGGUCUAG